AUGAAUAAUUAUUUUUUAAGGAAAGAAAAUUUUUUUGUUUUGUUUUGUUUUGUUUUUGUGAGUAUCUUUUUUGUAUUAAAUGUAAGAGUAAUAAAAUGUAAUAAGAUUGAAAAUGUAAUUAAUAAUGUGGAUAGUAUUUCUUCAGAUUUUUAUAAAUAUAAAUUAUAUGGUGAUAUAGAUGAAUAUGCAUAUUAUUUUCUAGAUCUAGAUAUAGGGAAUCCAUCCCAAAGAAUAUCUUUAAUUCUAGAUACAGGUUCUUCUUCUUUAAGUUUUCCAUGUAGUGGUUGUAAAGAUUGUGGGAUUCAUAUGGAGAAACCAUAUAAUUUGAAUUAUUCAAAAACAUCAUCUAUUUUAUAUUGUAAUAAUAAUAAUUGUCCUUAUGGUUUAAAAUGUGUAGGAAAUAAAUGUGAAUAUCUUCAAUCAUAUUGUGAAGGGUCUCAAAUAUAUGGUUUUUAUUUUUCAGAUAUUGUCACUUUAGCAUCUUAUAAUAAUAAAAAAAAAAUAUCCUUUGAAAAAUUAAUGGGAUGUCAUAUGCAUGAAGAGAGUUUAUUUUUACAUCAACAAGCUACAGGAGUUCUAGGUUUUAGCUUGACGAAACCGAAUGGAGUUCCAACAUUUGUUGACUUACUUUUUAAACAUACUCCUUCCUUAAGACCAAUAUAUUCUAUAUGUGUGUCUGAGCAUGGAGGGGAAUUAAUCAUAGGUGGUUAUGAACCGGAGUAUUUUUUGUCCAAAGAAAAGGAGAAACAAAAAAUUGAAAAGUCAAAUCAUAAUAAUAAUAAUAAUAAUAAUAAAAAUAAUGAUGAUAUGAAUAAUUCCAAAGAUGCUAGUGUAUCUAAUAAUGUUGAAGAUAUCGUGUGGCAAGCUAUUACUAGAAAAUAUUACUAUUACAUAAAAAUAUAUGGGUUAGAUAUAUAUGGCACUAAUAUUAUGGAUAAAAAAGAAUUAGAUAUGUUAGUUGAUUCAGGUAGUACAUUUACACAUAUUCCAGAAAAUAUUUAUAACCAAAUAAAUUAUUAUCUAGAUAUUUUAUGUAUACAAGAUAUGACUAAUGUAUAUGAAAUAAAUAAAAGAUUAAAAAUAACAAACAAGUCAUUAAAUAAACCAUUAGUAUAUUUUGAGGAUUUUAAUACAGCAUUAAAAAAUAUUAUUCAAAACGAAAAUUUAUGUAUUAAAAUUGUGGAUGGAGUACAAUGUUGGAAAAGUUUAGAACACUUACCAAAUUUAUAUAUUACUUUGUCGAAUAAUUAUAAAAUGUUAUGGAAACCAAGUUCCUAUCUAUAUAAAAAAGAAACUUUCUGGUGUAAAGGAUUAGAAAAACAAGUUAAUAAUAAACCUAUUCUAGGAUUAACCUUUUUUAAAAAUAAACAAGUUAUUUUUGAUUUACAACAAAAUCAAAUUGCAUUUGUAGAAUCCAAAUGCCCAUCUCAUUUAACAACAUCAAGACCAAGAACAUUUAAUGAAUAUAGAGAAAAAGAAAAUAUCUUCUUAAAAGUUUCAUUUUUUAAUUUAUAUAGUUUAUGGCUAUUAUUCGCAUUAACUAUACUCUUAUCUCUAAUUCUUUAUGUAAGAAAAAUUUUCUACAUGGAUUAUUUUCCAUUGAAUGACCAAAAUAAAUCUCACACACAACAAUCAACAUAA